GUCAGGCUGAAGUCCGGCCAGCGACGCGCGGCCGGGCUGCUGGAGGUAGCGCGGCGCCGGGCCGGGCCCUGGAAAUGGUCCCCGGCGCCGCGGGCUGGUGUUGUCUCGUGCUCUGGCUCCCCGCGUGCGUCGCGGCUCACGGCUUACGCAUCCAUGAUUAUUUGUAUUUUCAAGUGCUGAGUCCUGGGGACAUUCGAUACAUCUUCACAGCCACACCUGCCAAGGACUUUGGUGGUAUCUUCCACACAAGGUAUGAGCAGAUUCAUCUUGUUCCCGCGGAACCUUCAGAGGCCUGUGGGGAACUCAGCAACGGUUUCUUCAUCCAGGACCAGAUCGCUCUGGUGGAGCGGGGGGGCUGCUCCUUCCUCUCCAAGACCCGGGUGGUGCAGGAGCACGGCGGGCGGGCGGUGAUCAUCUCUGACAACGCGGUUGACAAUGACAGCUUCUACGUGGAGAUGAUCCAGGAUAGUACCCAGCGCACCGCUGACAUCCCUGCCCUAUUCCUACUCGGCCGAGAUGGCUACAUGAUCCGCCGCUCCCUGGAACAGCAUGGGCUGCCAUGGGCCAUCAUUUCCAUUCCAGUUAAUGUCACCAGCAUCCCCACCUUUGAGCUGCUGCAGCCACCCUGGACCUUCUGGUAGAACUGGUCCCACAUUCCUGCCAUAAGCAACUCUGGGCUGGGAAGGGGGAAUCCAGGAAUUCUGCUGUUUGGGAUUUGGGGAUAGCACUUGGGGAAAGGGGGACAGGUACAGGUCACAGGCUAGGGCCUUGGCAAGGCUAAGGGAAGCUGCACCACUGGCCUUCCCUUCCCCAGGGUACACCCAAGGGUAUCUCAUGCUGUGGGAAGAGGCAAGAGCCAGAUCCCAGGGCUUCUGGGUAGAAUGUGGAACAAAAGAAAUUAAAGGCAAGGAACCCAGGAGCCAUCUGUGACCUGCCAAGUCCCACCUGGCUCCAGUCUCCCCCACCCAGGGUCUCUUCCUCACAAUGUUCUUCACAGCAGUUCCUGGUGUGGUUUAAGGAUUGGGUGUUUGGGGACUCAAUAAAUCCUCAGACUUUUUAGCAAUAAAGUCUCUUAUCAGGGUUGCAA